AUGAUGAAUUCCAACAAUGAGGCCUCAUUAGCGUCACCUAUUGUCAGGUUUGACGAAUCUGCUUCAAAGAAAGACAAGAAGAAAAAGAAAAGGAAAGUCAAGUUGUACUUGGGAGAUGAGAAGACCAAGAAAGCAACGAAUUCAGGAGAUGUUGAGCUUUAUGACAUUUUGCAAGCUCUUCGCGUGGAGGAUGUCAUACGCAUCUCUGGGCCAGUGAGUCAUAUGAAAGAUACUAUUGUUGCGGCGCUAUAUGAUUACUCCGUGCAGCGAACGAAAAACUUUAUGAGGGGUGACAUAUUCUGGCUGCCUCCAGUGCAAGGAGUUGUCCCUGUGGAAGAUUCCUUGUAUGAAGAUCUGUGCGUAUGCUUGGAUAUUUUGCAGGAUUCCACUUUGGCUACUCUUCAGGACUCCCCUGAAGAGAGAUGGGACAAGGACGAGAUGCUUAUGGAAUAUCAGGUUCGAAUCGAUAUUGAAAUGGAGUUUAUGAAGCCUCUUUUGAUUGUUGAUUUUUCCUUAAUCACUUUUGUCUCAGAGGAUGCGCAAACUGAAUUUGAACGUUUUCUGAACCACUUGAUGGUUCAUUCCGGUGCGAAAAUUAUCAAAAUUGAAACACCUUCCAGGACGAUUGAUCCAUUGUCGGGCCAAUCUCAAUCUACAGGAGAGUCGACCAAUUCUUCGAGCGAAGCCUUGACCGAAAUCAUCCGAUUCCUGGAGGAAGAAGAUAAAAAAGAAAGACGAGAACGCAAAGUGUCAAGUGAUCGUUCCGCGUUUUCAAUGGGGUCCUCUCUUGCUUAUUCGGAAGGAUCAACGCAGUUUGCUGCCAAUUCGGAUAGUGGAGCAACAAUUGAGAGUGGAGCGACAGCGGACACAGGGUCACUUUUGGCAGGGACCAAAUUGUUUGGCAGCUUGAUGGAGGAGCCUUCACUAGUCGGUGCAGAGCAUCGAGCAAGAAUAGAUGAUGACAGGUCGUUUGGCAGUCUGGAAGGAGAGCCUUCCGCAGAAGAAAGGUACAACCGGGAUGAUUACUUUUUCCAGAUGGCAGCGGCUCCUAGUCCUUCGACCAAACCCACGACACGCACCGUCGCCAACAAGUCCAGGAGUCAACAGUCCUUGGCUAAUGUGGCUCCAAGGAAACCAAGUCCCAUCGAUGCGAAUGGACCCACAAGGAGCAGGAGUUACAACAGUCAGAGUAGCAUUUCUUCCAAUAGUGCUUCUACUCCUCUCCCAUCAUCACAAGAGCCCUUAAAUGCUAUUGCUCCAAGGAAAUCAAGUCCAAUCGACGUGAAUCAUCGACCCACGAGGAGUAGGAGUUACAACAGUCAGAGCAUCAUUGCUUCCAAUAACGCUUUCACUCCUGUCCGGUCAUCAUCAUCGUUAUCAAGUCCCAAUACGGCGCAUCGGCUCCAGCGUACCAGUAGCCGCACUGGCAGCGCUCAAGAAAGAGCAGGGGGGGAGAGCCCGCGUCGCAGAAAGAAGAGGAGUGCCCGGAAACGAGAAAUCGAAGACGAGGAGGAAAGUUAUUUUUCCAAUACUACGGAUUAUUCUUCCGCAGAGCGGCCAUCCUUGAGCCACCUGUUAUGCGGUCUGGAUUUGGGAGAUGCCAGCAAGUCGCUUCGAAGAUUCUUUUGCUUUUGA